AUAGUUCUCUGUCUUCAGUAGCUAGGGAAAUCUAAUCCUUCUUCAGUCUGCUUCCUGUCCUAAAAGAAUGGAUCCCCAAGGCUUGAGGGAAGACCUCCGUCUGUUUCAGAGCACUUUAUUACAGGACGGGCUCAAAGAGCUUUUGAAUGAGAAUAAGUUAAUUGAUUGUAUCCUAAAGGUUGGAGACAGAAGCAUCCCCUGCCAUCGGCUUAUUCUGGCAGCAUGCAGUCCAUUUUUCCGGGAGCUCUUCUUCUCAGAAGAUGGCAAAGAAGCGGACAGAAAGGAUGUCGUUCUGGAAAAUCUUGACCCCAAUACAAUGGAGGUGGUUGUAAAUUACAUGUAUUCAGCUGAGAUUGAUAUAAAUGAUAACAAUGUGCAGGAUAUUUUGGCUGUUGCCAAUCGCUUCCAGAUCCCCUCAGUGUUCACAGUUUGUGUGAAUUAUCUCCAGAAGAAGCUGACCAUGAAAAGCUGCCUUGCAAUCUACAGACUGGGACUGAUGCUAAACUGUGCCAGACUGGCAAUGGCAGCUAGAGAUUACAUUGCAGAUCGCUUUGAGACUAUAGCCAAGGAUGAUGAUUUCUUAGAGCUUGCGCCACCUGAAUUCUUUGCCAUUAUUGGGGCUGAUGCGUUGAAUGUUGAAAAAGAAGAGAUAGUUUUUGAAUCUCUCAUGAAGUGGAUCAGAAAAGACAAGGACAAGCGCGUGAAAUCCUUGGAUGAGGCCUUUGAGUACAUUCGUUUCCGUCUGCUCCCAGAGAAGUAUUUCAAGGAAAAGGUGGAGAAAGAUGACCUGAUCAAAGCUGAUCCUGAGCUUCUCAAAAAGAUCAAGGUCAUCAAAGAAGCAUUUGCAGGGAAGCUGCCUGAGAAGACAAAGGGACAAGAUGACCCAGAGGGAGAGCAGGGCAAGUUACCUGGUUAUCUGAAUGAUAACCGCAGAUAUGGCAUGUUUGCCAAAGACAUGAUUCUCAUGAUUAAUGACACCGCUGCUGUGGCUUAUGAUGGUCAGGAGAAUGAAUGUUUUCUUGGGGCGAUGGCUGAGCAAAUUCCCCGAAACCAUGUCAGCAUGUCAUCAAAGAAGAACAAUCUGUAUGUGUUGGGAGGAUUGUUUGUGGAUGAAGAGGAUAAAGACAACCCAAUGCAGUGCUACUUCUACCAGUUGGACUGUCUUGCUGCUGAAUGGAUAGCUCUACCACCCAUGCCUUCCCCCAGGUGUCUCUUUGCUUUGGGCGAAUUUGAAAAUCUCAUCUUUGCUGUAGCAGGAAAAGAUUUACAGACCAACGAGUCUCACGACACUGUCAUGUGCUAUGACACAGAAAAAAUGAAGUGGGCAGAAACAAAAAAGUUGCCUGUGAAAAUCCACGGCCACUGUGUGGUCUCUGAGAAUGGACUGAUCUAUUGCAUUGGAGGAAAGACAGAUGAUAAUAAAGCAACCAAUAAGAUGUUUGCAUACAACCACAAGAGGGCAGAAUGGAAGGAGGUGGCUUCCAUGAAGACUCCCAGAUCCAUGUUUGGCGCAGUUAUCCACAAAGGGAGGAUUAUUGUUGCUGGAGGAGUCAAUGAAGAUGGCUUGACAGCUGCUUGUGAAGUCUAUGACUUUGGGACUAACAAGUGGUCACCUUUUACAGAAUUUCCCCAAGAAAGGAGUUCAAUGAACCUGGUCAGCUGUGGAGGACUGCUGUACGCUAUAGGAGGCUUUGCAAUGGUGGAGAAUGACAACAAAGAGUGUGCACCCACUGAAGUCAUUGACAUUUGGCAGUAUGAAGGUGACACCAAACAGUGGACUGGCAUGAUCAGAGAGAUGCGCUAUGCAGCUGGAGCCUCCUGUGUCUCAAUGCGUCUGAAUACAGCCAAAAUGCCCAAACUGUAACGAGGGAGCUUUCUAUUACUGCUGCAGGACAGAGGAUCAUGUUAAUGUUCUUAGAAGUUAAUUCUUGUCUUCUAUCAUUUUUGACUGAUAUACUUUAGGUUUUAGUUACAAUAAAUUAUAUUGUGUUUUUAUAAUGCCUUUCUUUUUUCGUCAUGUCAACAAGCAUUGGAUGAAUGGCAGAGUAUUUGCAAUGUAGUGGUCAUAGUGAAUAUGCAGCCUUGAACAGGUGUGUUUUGAGUCUGGGUUUGAAGAUGGCAAGAGUGUAAGAGCUCUGGAUGAGAGUUCAGGAGCUGGGAGCAGAGCAGCUGACGGCUUUGCUCCUCAUGGUGUCGAGGCAGGCCAGGGCACAGUUUGGUGUAUGGAGGAGGAGGAUCUGAGGGAACAUAUUUAAUGUGUGGGUUUCUAAUAAUGGACCGAACGUAGGCCAAAUAAACACUUUAUAGACAAUACUGGGUUUUUUUUCUACAUGAACAGUGACAGAU